AUGGAAAAUAAAGACAACGCUGAAAAUCGAGAAGGAAAAGUUGAGGAAGAAGACUCGAAAGAAAGUGAGAGAGAUGACACAUGGGAUUGUGCCGAGGAGACAGCAGAUGAGUUUGUAGGCGACUCCAGUAAAAUAUGGGAGGUAUUAACCAAACUACUAGUCUUGUUUUGUUCUUUCCUGCUCUUCAUUGUUGUUCUCUCGUCAGCAAGUAUCACUCGAGCUAUAGUCCAUCUGAUGAUGUGGAAUCUCAACCCUCCCUCCAUCAACAAAACGUCAAAUUUAGGAACGUUAGGCGGAACAAUUCAGCCUGUUGAAUCUAUGAUAUUUUUAGUGCAUAACUGCAGUAUUGGUAAAAAUAAUAGUAAUUCUGCUACAUCAUGCGAAAACGGAUACCGUCUAAGAUCGGAAUUCCCCUUGUGGGAAUGUCCUUUAGAGAAUGAGAACCGCUGUCGACUCUGGGAAGUGAUUCCUACAGUUAAUGUAAGCUGGAUCUGGGGACUGGUGAUAGUCAUGAUUGCUCCUGCUGUUUAUACCGCUUACGUGUCUUCUAGGAAUACACUUACCGGUGAGGUUUUGCUUCAGUCAAGAUCCUACAUACCGUACGGAUGUAGCUCCAAAGAUCCAAUUUUAUUAGCAUUAAUUGCAAUAGGUUUAGGAUUUCUAUGCUUCAAGAGUUCAAGAUAUGCUUGUCGAACACUCCUUCAGAGAAUUUGUUUCGCGCCUCCACUUUUCCUUAGCCUCAUUCUGGUCCCUUUACUUCUCCUUGCAAUACUGAGUAAUCCUUUGUUUUGGACUACAAAGGGUUGUAAUAUUGCUCAGCCAAUAUGGCAGCUGAAUACUGGUGAACCAACAGAGGAAACAGUCCCCUUAAUUGUAUCUAGCAUAAUGGGACUUGUUUCGACGAUUUUAUUAACAUUAUAUGUAUGGACAAACAAAGGAACUAAAACAACUUUCUCUGAAAGAAUGUUUUUUAAGCCUUUUUACUCUGGAAUUUUUCUGGACUUAUCAUUAUUACUCUCAAGACGAAGAAGUUUUGAAAAAGAAGUCAAGUCCAAGUUUAGCGCUAGCUCAGAAAUGGACGACAGGAUACAAUUCCAUCCUGUUGUUUUUUUCUGUGCUACGAUGUGGCAUGAAACGGAGGAAGAAAUGACACAGUUACUCAAAUCCAUAUUUAGAACAGACUAUAGAUAUUUCAUCUUGGAAACAACGAGGAAGACUGAAGAUAUAUUUUCAUUUGAUGUGCAUAUAUUCUUUGACGAUGCUUUUAAACCUAGAAAAAAUGGCAAGAAAGGAAUACAUGUUAAUGAAUACGUCAAGCAACUUGAGAAGUUGAUCCCAAUGACAGCAAAGGCCAUUUACGAUGGAUGUGAGCUCCAGCCUGUUGAAAAAUACAAAACUCCCUAUGGUGCUCGGUAUGAAUGGGAGCUAUUGAGCAAGCAGAAGUUAGUGGUUCAUCUAAAAGACAGCACCAAAAUCCGCCAUAAGAAACGAUGGAGUCAGGUAAUGUACAUGUAUUAUCUACUCUCUUACAAAACAAAUGAAAUGAGGAAAGAAAUGGAAAACGACCCCAAGCUUCAAUCGAAAGGUCCCAGUGAGAGGAAAGAUGUAUUAAAGUCACGCAUGCAAAAAUACACAAAUAACAUAUAUAUUUUGGCACUUGAUGGAGAUGUGGACUUUAAACCCGAAGCAAUUGACCUGUUACUAGAUAGAAUGAAAAAGAACCCUCUAGUAGGUGCAGCUUGUGGGAGAAUACACCCGAUUGGAAGUGGACCUAUGAUUUGGUACCAGAAAUUUGAGUAUGCUAUCAGCCAUUGGUUACAAAAAGCAACAGAGCAUAUUAUUGGAUGUGUUCUCUGCUCGCCCGGAUGUUUUAGCUUAUUUCGAGGGUCUGCAAUAUUGAGUGACAAUGUUAUUAAAACAUAUACACGCACAUCCUCAGAGGCAUUGCAUUAUAUACAACGUGACCAAGGAGAGGAUAGAUGGCUUUGCACGCUUCUACUAAAACAAGGGUUCCGCGUGGAGUACUGCGCAGCCUCCGACGCAUUGACAUUUGCCCCGGAAGGAUUCUUUGAGUUUUACAAACAAAGAAGACGAUGGACUCCAUCAACCAUGGCUAACAUAUUUGAUCUUCUUUUGGACUGGAGAAAGGUCAGGAAAACGAACAGGAAUAUAUCCAUCUUCUACGUAUGUUACCAGGUUAUAUUGUUUGUCUUCUCCAUUCUGACACCCGGGACAAUUUUCAUGCUAAUUCUGGGUACCAUUAUUACCGCAUUUCCAAGCAUCGAGCCAUGGCUAGCUUUGGUACUUAAUCUGAUGCCAGUAACAAUUUUUAUCCUGUCAAUAUAUUUGACAAAGGAAGAGACACAACUGAUCCUUGCUGGAGUUCUCUCGACAAUAUACAGUAUGGUGAUGCUGAUUGUUUUCAUAGGAUUAAUAAAAGAAGGCAUAGAAUCACAGUUCUGCUCAAUUACUUCUGUUUUCCUCAGUUUUGUGGGCAGUGUGUUUGUUAUUGCCGCUAUAUUCCAUCCAAAGGAGUUUGACUGCCUGUUCUACGGCUUGCUGUAUUUCCUGGCUGUUCCCUCAAUGUCUAUGCUGUUGAUAUUGUACUCCAUCGGAAAUAUGCACAAUAUUAACUGGGGGACUAGGGAAAGUAACAUCGCGACUGAGAGAACACUGACUGAUGAGAUAAAGAGUAAAUUUGAGGGACAAUCGUGUAAUAUUGGGGAUUGGUGCAGAUGUAUAAUUUGUGCACGAGAAAUUAAAGAACCAAACAUUUUGGAAAACAAUGAAAAUGCAGAAAAUACUGAAGACAUGCAGUCAGGUCAUGACACAUCUAUUCAUGUAAAUAUCCAGAAUCAUAUCGAGGAUAGAGGAUCUGAAAAUGCUGUUGGAAUGACAAAUCAGGAUAAGCUUGUUGAAGAUUUUACAAAUGUUCUAGCUACAUCAACUGCAGUUAAAAAGACAUCUCAAAAAGACAAAGGAAGUAAGGGUAUAUUUAAGAAAUGCAAGCCAAUUACGCCGAAAGAGGAAAAAUUCUGGACAGAUAUAAUAAAAAAAUAUCUUAAGCCACUAAAAGCCAACAAAGAUAAAAAGAAGGUGCAAGCAGAUCUAAAAGAUCUACGGAACAAAGUUUUCUUCUUCUACUUUGUUAUAAAUACUGCAUUCGUAACGCUGAUUUUCGCUCUUACUCAAAUUAAUGCAUACCAAGGGACGCUUUUAAUCCCUCUUCCCUGUGACACGGGGGAUAACCAAUCCACCAUAGAACCAAUUUCAAUCGCCUGCAUUGUCGUUUUUGGUAUCCUUUUAACGAUUCAGUUCUUUGGCAUGAUUUACCACAGAAUAUCAACAGUCACACAGAUUAUUGCUACAACAACAAUAUCCGAAGAGAAGAAAUCUCAUCCCAUUGUGAAAAUACCAAGCAUCGAAAUUUCAGAAGGUAUCCUGAAAGAGGAUACCGCUCAGAGUCCAAAGAAGAGGAAAUGGGUGAAGGUUAAAGCAGGGAUGGCACUCAAGGUGUUGUCUGGCGAAAAGAUUAAGAGGCCUUUAACUGUUGAUAAGUUAUCUGAAUCAAUUCGAAAUCAAAUGCCUCCCAGUAAUAAUGAAUUGAAAGAAAUGUUUAAAAAAUUCCAGAAUAUUCCAUUAAUUCAAAGCAUCCGCAAUACUGGGCAUGUCUACGAAGAUCAAACAGGUCCAAGUUCGUCUUAA